AUGCGCAUAGGAGUGCCAACGCCAAGCGUCCCAAGACGCCGGUCCAUGGAGGAUUUUGCAACCACAAGACACUCCAUGGAAGCCAGAUUAGACCCAGACGACUUCUCUGACGUCUUCGGUGGCCCUCCAAGGAGUGUUCUUUCUCGCAAAUUCUCCGCUGACUUCACCAGAUCUUCUUCUUCUUCUUCUUCUUCCUUUUACCAGGAGAUUUUCCUACCACCUACGGAUUUUGUGUCUACAGGGAAAAUGAAUGGCGGGCGUAGCUUGCCGGCGUUCAGGAUUCCGGCCAGGGGAGAAGGGUUCUAUAGUGAUGUGUUUGGGUUUUCGGAGAAGGGCAGGAGGUCUAGGCAACGGUCAAGAGCCAACUCCAAGUCCAAGUCCAACUCUUCGUCAGUACUAAGUUCGGAGGAGCUCAGUCCUCUACGGCGGCCGGUGACAGGAGAUGACGCUGCCUUGUCUUCUUUUGCUUCAAAGCUCAGGCCAAUCAAUGUACCUUACAGAUGGAACUCGACCACAACGAGACCCGAAGAACAACCCGCUGGGAUACAAUGGAAUAUGCCAUCUUUUACAUGCAAUCAUACUGACGCAUAUUACAUGGAAAAUGAAUCCAUUAGUGAGAAUCUCAGAAGCUCCUCCUCUUGUUUUAGAGUUUCACGGCAGGUCUCAUCCCCAGAAACCAUUAGUCAUGAACCCCAUUCAUUCCGAAGCAUCAAAGUUCCUGUGGAUGAUUUAGAACUCAACUCCCCUUCAUCUCCUGUCUCUUCACUGUGUCAUGAACCAGAGGCAAAAGUUGGUGUGCAGUGGGAUACAAUGCUAGAAGAAGAAAUGGAACUGGAUGAGGAUGAAGAUGAAGAUGAAGUAAUGAGUUCUUAUGUUAUCGAGAUCAAUUCUGAUCAGAGAGAGGGAACUAGCGAAGCAGUUUCGAUUGAUGAAGCAAUUGCAUGGGCUAAGGAGAAAUUCCAGUCACAAUCUUUUGACAGACAACAUGAAAAUGUUUUGAUAGACCACCACUCAGAUGAAGUGGAAGAAAGGCCUAAUAUGCAUGAUUUUGUUGGGCAUCAAAUGGAUGGACAUGGAAGUAGGCAAUAUUCUACUACGGGAAAUGAACUUAAAAAAUCCAGAAGAGAAGGAGAUGAACAACAAUCAGCAAAAGAUAUGGAGAUGGAGCUAUUGGAUGAAGACAUUAGUUUGUGGUCAGCUGGCAAGGAAACUAACAUCCGUCUGCUGCUGUCGACACUACAUCACAUUCUGUGGCCAAACAGUGGUUGGUAUGCAAUCCCACUAACAAGCCUUAUCGAAAGCUCCCAAGUAAAGAAAGCUUAUCAGAAAGCAAGGCUAUGUCUCCACCCUGACAAGUUGCAACAAAGAGGAGCUACACUUCCACAGAAAUAUGUUGCAGAGAAGGCCUUUUCCAUCCUGCAGAAUGCAUGGGCUGCUUUCAUCUCCCAAGAUUUGUUGUUUAACAAGUAG